GAAGAAGAAAAACAAAACAAACUGUCACAGCGCGUGGACUCCACUGAAAAAGAGGUCGUUUAUCUGCAGCACGAGGACCCACGCGAGCUUCGGCAAGGUGCGAAACGUACGCUCUGCUCUUCUGGAAAAGACUAGGAGCGUUUUGGAGCCGUUUUGAGGAGAGUUGGCCGGACGCUGGGUCGCUGUUUGUGGCCGCGGCGGAGGAUUAGCCGCGAAGCUAACGGCUUGAAACGGACCACAUCCAUCCAGACUGAGCCCAGUUUAUGGUACCCCUUCCCUGCCCCUUUCCCCUCAGCCCAGCAGGCUGCAUCCAACAGUUCUCUGACAUCGUCUCCCACCUCAUUAAUUUACCACAUUGAUCAGACAACCUCACACCGCGAGGACUGGACAGGAGACCCAGAGGUUUCCCGGCUGGAGCUCGAAUCGGUUCCUGGCAAUGCCUCAGCCCAGCGUCAGUGGGAUGGAGCCUCCCUUUGGGGACGCCUUUCAGAACUAUUCCUUUGCUGAUCAGGCCCUGACCAGUACGGAGCUCCUUGCUACAAGCUCUGAUCCAGAUUUCAUGUAUGAACUGGACAGAGACAUGACCCACCAGCAGAGCCCCUGUGGGGACAGCAUGGUGGGGUUUGGUGAUGGAGGCAAGGAUGUGGAGGGCUGUGUGGAUCAGCUCAUGGGUCUGGGUGAAUGUGAGACGGUCUAUGGUAACUCUGCAUUUGAACAGUGGGACUCAUACUGGGAAGACCUCACCAGAUACACACGGCUGGCCAGCUGUGAUAUCUGGGGCACCAAAGAAGUAGACUUCCUUGGAUUGGAUGAUUUUUCUAGUCCCUACCAGGAUGAGGAGGUAAUUGGCAGAACCCCAACACUGGCUCAGCUUAAUAGUGAGGAUUCACAGCCAGUGUCUGAGGCACUCUACCAUCCUAUAGACCUGAGCUUGCCCACCCCCCAGCCCCAGCCACCCCUGCUUACCUGUCACAGUAAGAGGCCUCUGGUUCCUGGAACUACACGACCCUCCCCUACCUCCACAUCCUCUUCUCGUCCUUCCCGCAGCCUUCUCCCAGAUUUUCCUGAAGGCCCUCAAAAAGCCACAAGGCCUGUUCCCUCCAGCACUGAGACUAUGGCCAAAACCCAGAGCCACCUCAGUCUCAUUCCGGACCACUCCCAAGCUAAAACCAAGCUUCAGGCACAUGGAACAAAGAUGGCAGCCUCAUUUGCUCACAGCUCUCAUUUUGUGCGGAAGGCUAAGGUCCGUGUGAGUGGUGUGCAUAAAGCUCAAACUGACACGCCUUCCCAACCAGAUGCUGUGAAGCAAGAAUCCCCUGUACCCAUGUCCCAGCCGCAAGAUGAGAAAGCAUCCACUUCCGCUAGUGCCACCAUGAUGGGACCACCUGGAGCUGCAGCUGGUGGCUCUUUGAGCUUGUUAAGCUACGAGAGGAGGGCAGAGGGGACAGGGAGGAAAGAGAUUCCAGUAGGAUGGUCUGCCACUGUGCCUCAACUGGUUCAAGCAAGUCAGACCCUAGAGGGCAGCACCUCCUUGCUGGUGAGCAGCAGUGAGAGUCUGGCUGGUGCUAGUGGAAAUAUUGCUCUUGUCGAGGGCAAGGAAAAGAGCAAGGAGGAGGAACACAAUUAUUCCCUCUUCCUGACCCGCAGUAGACUGGCAGGCAGACUGGCACACUCUCAGCUAGAGGAGGAAGAUGAUGAAGAGGAGGAUGAGGAAGAGGUAGAAGAGGAAGAAGCAGAGGGCCUGGACAUCGAUGACGAGGAUCACGAUGAGGGGUUCGGCAGUGAGCACGAGCUAUCCGAUAAUGAGGAAGAAGAGGAGGAGGAGGAGGAGGAAGAGGAAGAGGAUGAAGACUAUGAGGCAGACAAGGAUGACGACAUGAGUGAUGCCUUUUCUGAGCCAGGCUGUGACGUGGAGCUGAUGGAAGACGUUAAAGGUCUGACAGCAGGAGUUGCCAGUCGGAAGCGAGGUAAACGCCGCUACUUCUGGGAAUACAGCGAGCAGCUCACUCCGUCCAAACAGGAGCGUAUGCUCAAACCAUCAGAGUGGGACAGAUACACGCUGCCUAGCAAUCUGUACCAGAAGAAUGGGCCUCUCCAUGGUAAAUACAUGCUGAAAAAGUCUCGCCGCACAGAUGUGGAAGACCUGACUCCAAAUCCACGCAAACUGCUUCAGAUUGGUACUGAACUUCGCAAGCUGAACAAAGUGAUCAGUGACUUGACCCCUGUCAGUGAACUGCCACUGACUGCACGGCCACGAUCCCGCAAAGAGAAGAACAAGUUGGCUUCCAGAGCUUGCCGUUUGAAAAAGAAGGCCCAAUAUGAAGCAAACAAGGUGAAGCUCUGGGGACUCAGCACAGAGUACGAUCGGCUGCUGUAUGUGAUUAAUACCAUCAAAGAGGAGAUAGUGGCUCGAGUGGAGGACUCUUCACCUCGACCAACCAAUAUGACUGACACUCUGGACAGGCUCAUCCAGGAGACACUUGUGGCACCACCUGUAGCUGGGCAAACAUCAGACUUUGUCAACAAGAUCUUGGAGAACACGGGCCAUGGUGAUCCCACCGGCGGACUGGUCGGCCUGCGAGUUCCCACCUCCAAAAUUUAGAAGACCCACAGUCCACUGCAGUGGACUAAAUGUUUCCACCGUGCUGUCACAUUGUAACUAUGCUCCCUUCUGCAUGCCCCUCCAACCCAGAGUACAUAUACAUCGUUAGUCACACAAACACACAUACCACCCCCUGUGUGUACGUAUGUGUGCUUGUUUUAGCCAUGCACCUGUAUGGCAUAGACCUUGGCUUUCUGACUCGGCACAUUGUGCACAGUCGGUGCAUCACUGUCUCCCGACCCAUCCUGAGCACCUGUUGGGAGAAGCAUCUUUAAAAGAAAGUGAUGGUUAGGUGUACAGCUAAUAGCACGUGCUAAAUCCACUGGUGAUUAUUAGAUGUGAUUAACAUAGCAUUGUGUAAACUCCGAGCUAAGGUCAGCUGUGUCGGAGGUCUGUACCUCGCCAAGCCCGACGAGAGCAGAGACACGAGUGUAACCACUGGAAUACUCUCACGCAAUGUGUUUGAUGCCGUAAUGGCAGAAGAAGAAUCGUUACGCAUUGGAGACGAUCAAAGAAAAAAAUGGUCCAGUUAUUUUUUAGAGGUUGACCUCAGAUGGUAACAAAGGAGGUUAAGUUUGAGCAACCCACUCAAAACAGCACUUGAAGAUAAUGGCUUUGGUUGCUGUCACAGCUGCACGGAUAGCAGCAGCGUGCUGGGGAGGCAUGAAAUAUUUCGAAUUGAAGGCUUAAAUAGGUUCAUGCCACACCUAAACGGCCAGUGAGCCCUGCUGUUAUUAAUAAGUUAGAGAAACAGUUUGCUUCUUUCAUUGCUCCAAACAGAAGACUGUAGCAUCUUAAAGUUAAAAGUGGACUGGAUGUUAAGCAGGAGAACGGUAAAUGACUCGAUGUGGAGCUAGUUUGGUGCUUUUGCUCUUGUGCUGGAUAUAACUGGACUGGAGGAAACAUCAUUUUGUUAUAUUUUUUUUUUUUUUCCCCCACUGUGGGAGCUGUGUGUGAAGAAGAUAGCGGUGAGGAUAAUGAAAAUGAUGAAAACGGUGCACCGUCUCCUCUUAAAGAUGUACGAGCUGUGCGUCAGAGUGAAAACGGCACCAUCUGCUCCCCUUUUUUUUUUGUACAGUAGAGAUGACCAGGCUAACCGUUUGGUGUGUCCAUACUAGUGUGUGAUUAGAGUUCUAUUCAUCGUGCCUUGUGUAUGUAUGCGUGUGUGUUUGCGUGAGUACAUGAGAGGGAUUGGGAAACGAGUUGAUUGGCCAGAAUUUAUGAGACCUAGCCAAUGAGAGGGCUGCUUUACACUGAGGGGAGGGUUUUGGCGACUGCAGGGACAGAGACACCUGUGAGGGUUGUUGUGUAUUUAAAGAUAUUUUGAAUGUACAUACAAAAUGGAAGCUCUCGUUGUGCGAUGCCACAGAGUCUGUGUAUAUAGGAGGGCUCUGCAAUAGAUUACUUAUGGUUUUUGGUACUCUUGGUUUUAGGGAUUUGGGGGAGGGUUAAAAGAGAUUUUUGUUUAGAGUUACAAAAAAAAAUUGCACAUUAUAUUUUGAUUGUUUUUGUACCAAAGACACAUGCAACGAAAUGGCGACCAGCCAGUUAAAGUAAGGUUUUGCACAGCUUACCUGACACCGUAUUGAAUGUAAGAAAUGUGGGAGGGUCAGGGAACCUCAUAGAACUGUGAAAUUAGCUUGGGUCCAAUUCUGUACAGAAAAGGAACAUUCAUUCCUUUUAUUUUUUUGUUUUGUUUUGUUUUUUAACUAAAAACAAACCCCAUCUGUGGGCUUUUUCAGUCAGUUUGUUGCUUAGGAAGCACUUCAUUCCUAAACUGAUUCCUCCCACCACAUGCUAAAUGUGUUAAUAGCGCCAUCUAGGACAAAACUAAGAGCGCUAGUAGUAGAUAAGCUAUGUUACGUUUUUUGCUUGUAUGUUUAAAAUGUCACCAACAAUAACCAAAAUGUUGUGUACCUUUGUCACGUGUUUGCUUUUCGUAUGUAGACUUAAAAAACUUAGUUCAUCAGCAAAAUAUUAAUUGUUUCAAAGUACUGUAUAUACAAUCAUUAGUGAUAUAUCUAUCAACAGUGAGUCACCACUUUCCUUGACAAUGGAAUGAUUUUGAGCAUGACACAUUUCUGAAGCAUUUCCUUGCAUUGAGAACGUUAGAGGGGAAAAACAAACAAAAAAAUUCUUGUUAUAUUUUUGUAUUUUAGCUGCCUGAUAGAUUACAUUGGUUUGGAAGUAUUUGUUGUUCAGGGAUUCAAGAUUCUCCAAGAGAAGGAAAAUGGCAUCAGUAAAUCUUGUAGUUUGAUACAGAAACUGAAAGUUGUCCCUCCUGUGGAAUAGAAAAAAAUCAGGUUUGGAUUUAUUUAACACACACAAUACAGGAAAGCCAUGGUCUAGAGAAAGAGUGGUGUCUUUAGCGAGGACAGCAUUCAGGACAGG